ACCCCUGCCAGAAAUCCGCGUCUCCGUCACCUCCAACGCUCCAGCAGGCCUCCAUCCCGCUUCUCCUCCGUCUUCGUUCAACCCCUGUCUUCUGACCGCCCCUCCAGGUACCAUCCGCUACUGCUAUUCUCACCAUGCCCAACAACUGUUCGAUGAAUCGCCGGAGCUGAAAACACUUGUCCCUUCUUUCUAGCAAUGGAUUCCGAUUUGGAGUACAUAUACGAGAAGUAAGUCGUCCGACGGCGAUGAUGCAGGAGGUCCUUGAAGACGCGGAGCGUACGGAGGAGCAUAUUCUCAAUUUCAAGGGCUCGAUAAAGAGUCAUCGAGUGCUCAACCGCAACAAGGCGCGCGACCAUUUGACACUAAUGGCCGACUACUUUGCCCCCGAUGCACUAUUCGCUGACCAUUUUCGCCGGUGUUUUCGGAUGCGCAAGACUGUCUUCGAUCAUUUGUACCAUGGCGUCCCGUCCUACGAUGACUACUUCAUCCUAAAGAAGGACGCCGUGGGAACGAUUGGCUCCUCUUUUUACUAGAAGUGCACGGCCGCACUCUGGAUGCUUGCAUAUGGCACGGUCGCCGAUUUGUGGGACGAGUACCUACGGAUGUCUGAGAGCACAUGCGGAGAUACCAUGGUCAGGUUUGCAACUACCGUGGUCAAGGUGUUCGGACCUCAGUACCCGAGAGAACUAACUGUGGCAGACACAGAGAGGCUCCUGACAAUCUCAGAAGCAAGAGGGUGGCCAGGUUUGCUUGGAUCUCUUGACUGCAUGCAUUGAAAAUGGAAGAACUGCUCGAAGGCUUUACAAGGGCAAUAUCAGGGUCAUGUUAAGAAGCCCACCAUCAUUCUUGAAGCAGUUGCAUCACAUGAUCUUUGGAUUUGACACGCUUUUUUUGGCAUGUCCGGGUCUCACAAUGACAUGAAUGUGCUGCAACGAUCACCGUUGUUUGCAAGGCUGACUGAAGGAAAAGCUCCUCCUUGCCACUAUACUGUCAAUGAACAUGAGUAAAACAUGGGCUACUAUCUGGUUAACGACAUCUAACCUCCAAUGAACAUGAGUAAAACAUGGGCUACUAUCUGGUUAACCACAUCUAACCUCCAUGGGCUACCUUUGUCAGCACCAUCUCAAACCCAGUUGGCCAGGAAAAUCCUCACUUUGCCUAAAGACAAGAAGCAACUAGAAAGGAUGCCGAGAGGGCAUUUGGAGUUCUGCAUGCCCGUUUUACAGUUGUUCGUGGACCUGCAAAAUAAUGAGAUCCAGAAAUCUUGUGGGAGGUGAUGGCAUGUUGUGUGAUCAUGCACAACAUGAUCGUCGAGGAUGAGAGUGAUGAUGCUGCUGCGGCUCUGGAAUUUGAGUACAUGGUUGAUCUUAUCCAACUUUCGGACCAGAAUCCGGCCACAUCUAAGGAGUUUAUUCAGAUGCAUCAACAAAUUCGGCUUCGACCAACUCACAAGCAGCUGAAGGAAGAUCUGACUGAGGAUCAGUGGGCGGUGAAAGGGAACAACAAUGUUGGGAUGUAAUAUUUGAACUUUUUAAAAUAUAAACUAGUGAUGCAUGCGGCUAUUUGAACUUCUGUACCAUUUACAUGCGGCUAUUUGAUCGUGCGGACUGGGAAAAAAUUAAGAAAGGCCGGAUGUAUGUGGCUACGGCUGGAUGACGUCCUCCCGCAUCCGUGUCCGCGGACUGGUCCCCCCUGUCCGUGGAUGAAUAGAGGAGAAAAUUUACGGGUUGUCAUUGGAGAUGCCUUAAAUAUUCUUUCUUUGUUCUAUAAAGCUAUGGUACGCAAUUUGCAUACUCUUGAAAAAAAAUGCAACAAAGCGCUUUUCUAGCCUCUGCAUCAUAUGAUAAAAACGUAUCCAUAGUUCAUUACAAAGUCUUAGGGCUUCUUUGAUUUGCAUGAUGUUUAAAAUGCGGGUAUAUGAUUUUUUUUAGAAAGUAGAUGUCAUUUCCUAAGGAAUCGAAACAAUUUCCUAAACCCCUAAAAAAGAAAAAAGAAAAACAUUUCUUACAGGAACUGUAACCAUAGAAACAAGCAAUACAAGUUGCUUGGCUUGUAGCACAGGAAAACGCAUGAAUUAAUCUUCCCGAGGAGUUAGGUGCAGGCCUAAGAAUUUUCUAAUCGUUAGGCCUGCAUCAUUUGGCUACAAAAUUUCUUUGAAAUUUCUAGGAGUACAAAACAGAGUCUUUGACAAAACGAAAAAGGCCAAAGGGUAAAGGCCAAAGGGUGUCAGCAGGACAUACUUAGCUUGAUGACCAAGUCCAACUUUGUAUUCAGUUCCGAAAUAAUGUAGAAUACCAGGAGCUCGUGGAAUACUGAAAGCAAUGCACACGGAGUUGGGUUCACACUCUGUGUGUAUAUAGUAUUACAACUUCACUACUUACCCAAGGUGUCUCCUCCUGUGAUUGUGUCUCUCGACUCACCAAAGUCACCACCGCUCUGCCCGGCCAUGGCUUCACCUCCAUGGGUUCGCCUUGUGCUGCUACUCCUAGCCGCCGUCCCCGCAUGCCAUGGCCGCCCACUUUUUGAUGACGACGUCAACAAAAUCAUGACCACCCAGCCCCUGCCGCCAUCCGUGAUCUCCUGCUCAACUGCUGGCAACUACAGUGAUGGAAGCCAGUACCACGUGAAUCUCGAUCGGCUCUUGUCGGCCAUCCCCAUGGCCGCCGCCAAGGAUGGCGGCUUCUUCAACAGCAAAUUCGGCAUGGAGGGCGAAGAGGUCUUCGGCCUCUUCAUGUGCUAUGCCGGCGACACCGACUCUCAGUGCCAGGACUGCCUCACCCGUGCACCUGCGGGUGUCAUGAAGCUGUGCCCGCACAGCCGGACUGUUCGCGCUGUCUACAACGCCUGCACCCUUCGGUACUCUGAUGAGUCCUUCUUCUCCGUCGCCGACCUCAUAGACAUAGCCGAUCUCUCCGAUGCUCCAAACAUGGAAAUGGAACGAUCCUCUUACCGUACUCAGUACGGCGGAGGCGGAGACAGUUAUGCAGCUUGGUACCAGGGAGUCGUACCACUCGUAGGCUACGUUGUGGACACGGCCGGCAUGAGCCGCAUGAGGUCCGAGCUUAUUCGCCGGCUCAUGGGGAAGGCGGGCCAAGCGGCUGAGAGGAUCGCCUCAGGCACACAACGGUUCACUGACACACAAUGGGUGUGGGCGGUGGCGCAGUGUACGAGGGACUUGCCGGCAAGCGAAUGCACACGCUGUCUCUCCUACUAUACUGAUCAGCUGCCGCGGUUGUUCCCGAACAACAGUGGCGGCGCCAUCAAGGGGUACAGCUGCUACUUGGGGUACGCCAUCCUUGCGGACAAGCCGUCUACUGUGCGGCUUAACAGGUACCGGUACAGCGAGAACUAUGAGAGGGACAUGGCGGCCCAGAAGUUGGAGCGCGAGAAGGCGAUGGCGGAUGAGGAGUCGAGGCACAGAAAAAAGCGACGGAAGAUAGCUAUCAUUGUCAGCCUUAUUGCCAUCGCCGUGGCGCUCGUGAUCUGCCUGAUCGGCCUGUUGAUUCGGUUCAUGUGGUACCGGUGGCGAGGCUGGGUGGCAGCAGGCAGGGUUGCCAUGAGAUCAUACAUGGAAAAACCGCCGAAAGAGGCGGCCUACUUCCAUGGCAAAAGCAUACGCCAAGAUGAGCUCGAGCAAGGGGCUGGGCCAAGACGAUUCAGGUACGACGAGCUCGCGGCUGCCACCAACGGCUUCUCUGGCAGGAACAAGCUGGGAGAAGGAGGCUUUGGAUCUGUUUACCGGGGGUUCCUCCACGACAUGAACCUUCACAUCGCCGUGAAGAAAGUGUCCAAGAGCUCUCGUCAGGGCUGGAAGGAGUUUGUAUCCGAGGUGAGGAUCAUUAGCCGGCUCCGGCACCGGAACCUCGUGCCGCUUGUUGGAUGGUUCUAUGGCGGCGAUGAUGAUGGCCUUCUGCUCGUGUAUGAGCUGAUGCCCAAUGGCAGCCUUGACGCACACCUGUACAACCCGGAACAGCUGCUGCCAUGGGCAGUCAGGUACGAGGUUGCGCUCGGGGUCGGCUCCGCGCUGAUGUACCUGCACCAGGAUACGGAGCAGCGCGUCGUGCACAGGGACGUCAAGCCGAGCAACAUCAUGCUGGACGCGUCCUUCAAUGCCAAGCUCGGUGACUUUGGGCUCGCAAGGCUAGUUUGCGAUGGUCGGAGCUCAUUCACGACGGGUGCAGCCGGGACUCUCGGGUACAUGGAUCCGAAGUGUGUGUUCGUGGGUACGGCCAGUGUGGAGUCCGAUGUGUACAGCUUCGGUGUCGUCCUAGUCGAGAUGGCUUGUGGUCGGACCCCGGCGGUGGCCGAUGGCGGAGCAGUCGUCCACCUGUUGCAGUGGGUAUGGGAGUCCUACGGCAGAGGGGCCAUCCUGGAGGCAGCUGACGCCCGGCUGGACGGCAAGUUGGACGAGAAAGAGAUGGAGCGUGUCAUGGUGGUCGGGCUCUGGUGCGGGCACCCAGACCCCGGCCUGAGACCGUCCAUCAGGCAGGCUGUCAGCGUGCUGCGUUUGGAGGCGCCGCUGCCGAGCCUCCCAGCGGAGAUGCCGGUCCCAACAUACAUGAUGCAGCCAGCGGCUGAUGAAUCUAUUGGUUCUUCGGUGGUCAGUGGCGGGGAUGCCAGCACAACUCGUUCGGCUCGAGGCAAAGUCGAGUAGAUUUUUUUUUCCGAGACAAUGCAAAGUCGAGUAGAUGACUACUACAUCCCCGAUCUGGGCCUUUAACUAGGAUCGUUUCAGAAAUUUCCAAAUAUUAUUGAAAAUCACUCUGUAUGUAUUGUAUAUUUGUAUCCUUUUCAAAAAAAUACAUUGCAUAUUUGUAUAGUGUAUGCUUGGACCGAUCCGUGCUCUAACAAAAUUUGAGCUACUUCAAAAUAAUGCAUGCAUCUGCAUGUAGUAUCUCCCACCAAUUGACAGUGUUGACACGGUUGCUUUUCCAUGAUUCAAAUGAAAUCCGAUCCGUUGGGUGUGCAUGUAUGAUUUUUAAGCUUGAUUUCUUGCUAGAGUAUUUUUUUACGGCAACUGGCAGGAGCUCUGCCGAUGCAUUAUAGAUUCUCUGACUAGAAAGUUUGUACAGGCGCCGAGACAUGUGCGCUUGGGUCAGCCGUUGCUCCGCCGCUGCAGGUCUAUCUCUCCUUCCUUCUGUUGCUAAAAAAAAACAAAACAAAAAAAAAAAACUCUCCUUCCUUCUCUUCCUCCAGCCUUUGUACUGGGAGUGAGCUCUCUUUUCGAUUAUUCAUGAAUCUUCUUCAUGCUUGAUCGAGAAUUCAAGACGCAGCUGGGAGAUCAUUUCAUCUCUGGGAUGCCCUGAAUUUGAGGAUGCAGCAACUUGCAUCGAUGGGAUGGUUCUGCUGCUGCAUUGGCAUGGCCGGCUGAGACCGCCCGUCGAUGCUACGCUCAUUUGAGGCACCACUGUCGGAGAAGAUGCUGCCGGGCGGCAGCCAUCGGCUCUUCGGUCUGCCAACUUUCCUGAAGUCCAAGCCACUCCUUCUCCCUGUCUGCCUUGGUCUGAAUUUUCUGAAAAGGACACGGGCGACUAUUCAUGAAUUGAAAGACCGCCUUCUACUUUGUCACGCCUGCAGGUAGCCGCAUCUGAACCUGCAGCGGACACCGAGUGCACGAAUCAAGUUGGGCCUUAGCCUACGAGUCUUCUGGGCCGGAGCCCGUGUAACGUGUGUUAGCCCAUGUAAGUUGGGCCUUAGCCUACGAGUCUUCUGGGCCGGAGCCCGUGUAACGUGUGUUAGCCCAUGUUGGGUGUGUGGGUGAUGUGGAUACUUAAGCCAGCGAUGCCACUGUUAGGGUUCAUGUUGAAUAAGAAAGUGAAUUGAUC